AUGCUUUCUGUUUUGGUCUUUCUCCUCCUCAAUCUCGCAGUUAUCGCUCAACCUGCGGGUACAUCUCACAAUUCAACCUUUUCAGACCAGCAAGCUCUUACAGCAUUCAAGAAGUCCCUCAUUCUGGACCCAUUCAAUUCUUUACAGAACUGGUCUCCUAGUCUUAGUUUCUGCAACUGGACUGGAGUCAUCUGCUCUUCUCGUCGAGAGCGUGUGGCUUACUUGAAUCUCAGAGGUAAGGGAUUGGUUGGUCCCAUCUCUCCUUUAGUUGGAAAUCUUUCCUUCCUCAGAGUACUUGAUCUCUUUAAUAAUAGUUUGCAGGGUCCUCUUCCGUAUCAGCUUGGAAAGCUUUUUCGCUUGAGAAUACUUCGAUUGUCAUAUAACAGAUUGGAAGGACCUAUUCCAUCCACCAUAGGGGACUGCAAUUCUUUGCAGAUUCUCAGUCUGUAUUUUAACCACUUGAGUGGAAGCAUUCCCUCCCAACUUGGGCUUCUCUCAAGUUUGGAGGUCCUUUUCUUAGGAACAAACCAGCUGGCAGGUCCAGUCCCGCCCUCUCUUACAAACCUUUCUUCUUUAACUCAACUGUAUUUGAAUGAGAACAAACUCAAUGGUGGUAUUCCUGUUGAACUGGGUGUACUAACUCAAUUGGAAGUACUUAACCUUGAGAAAAACAAAUUUUCAGGACCAAUUCCGAGAGCCCUUUCAAACUGCACUCGUCUCCAAGUUUUGUCCUUGCUUGAUAACCAGUUAACUGCCUACAUCCCUUGGCAGUUAUGCAAACUAUCUGAGUUGCAAAAACUGUAUUUGGGGGAAAACCAAUUCAAUAGAGAAAUCCAUGGCUGCUUCUCCAAUUGUACUCUGCUUCAACAUCUUGACUUAAACGACAACAAUCUGAGUGGCACUGUGCCAUUAGCGUUUGGCAGGUUGCUUCACCUUCAGAGGCUUAAAUUAUUUAAAAAUAAUCUUGAUGGUGGAGGCAGGGGUUUGUCUAUUUUAACAGCCUUAACUAAUUGCUCCAGUUUGGAGAUCAUAGAUUUUGGCUUUAAUCGUUUCAGUGGAGUGUUACCCUCUUCAGUUGGCCAGCUCUCGAGUAAAAUCUCUAUUUUUAUGAUGGACCAUAACCAAAUUGAGGGAAGCAUACCAGAUGAGAUCAGCAACCUUACAAAGUUGGACACUCUAGAUUUGGGUGCAAAUAGUUUCAAUGGAACAAUUCCAUCCACCCUGGGUGGGCUGCCAAGUCUUCAGAGGUUGUAUAUGUAUGGCAACAAUUUGCAUGGAACAAUUCCAAAAAGUUUAGGCCAGGCUAAAAAUCUUGGGUUAUUACAUCUGAGUGAUAACAUGCUUUCAGGGGAAAUUCCAGGUGAUCUUGGCAUUCUUUCACAGUUGAGAAGACUUCUUCUUAGUUACAACAAUUUGUCAGGGAAAAUACCUGCUAAUUUAGGGAGAUGCCAAGCUUUGGAAAAAUUGGACUUAUCUUACAACAAGCUAAUAGGAAAUAUACCUCCAGAAGUGGCAAGUCUUCAAAAUAUCCAGUUCUUCUUCAACGUGUCAAACAAUUUGUUACAUGGUGGUGUGUUAGAAAUGAGCAAAAUGACAAUGGUCCAAGCUAUAGAUGUGUCUCACAACCUCUUUUCAGGUGAAAUCCCAAUUGUACUGGAAAGCUGCAAGGCAUUGGAAUAUCUAAGUCUUUCUUGGAAUUCAUUUGCAGGUCCAAUUCCACAAUCACUGGCAAAUUUGCAAAACCUGCAAUAUAUGGAUCUUUCCUGCAAUAAUUUGUCAGGGGCUAUACCUGUGGUCUUCAAGGAGAUGAAAAUGUUGCAGAAAAUCAAUCUGUCUUCCAACAGGUUAGUUGGAGAGGUCCCAAAUGGAGGAGUUUUCACAGCACUCGAUGCCUCAGCACUUACGGGAAAUCUUGGCCUCUGUGGCACAUGGGUAAAUUUGCCACCAUGCUCUUAUUCCAAAGAUAAACACCCAUCAAUCUCUAAAAAGGUAAUAAUUCCCAUUGCAAUAGCUAUUGUAAUUAUCUUCAUGUCAUUUCUAGCAAUUUUCUAUGGAUGGAGACGUAUCAAUUGGAAUAUCAUUUCUCGCAAAGUGGAACCAGUAAAAGUUACCUAUGAACAACUUGUAGAUGCAACCGAUGGGUUUAAUGUGGCAAAUCUGCUAGGAACUGGUAAAUUUGGAUCCGUAUAUAAAGGCAUCCUGAACAGUGGUAAAAAUAUUGCUGUUAAAGUUCUCAAUUUACAAGAUGAAAAUGGUCAUAAAAGUUUCAGUAGAGAAUGCAAUAUAUUAAAAAGAUUUGGAGAGAUGGCUCUAUCCUCAAGAAGGUGA